AUGAGUGAAUAUUCUUUAUUGGAUGUUGACACACAGACUGCGACAUUACCAACGAUUGACAUCAAAAAGGCUCCUGCUGGUGUGAUGGCUGUUAUAGUUUGGAGAAAGAAAGGCUCUGACCAAUGUUUUAAUCGAACUGACAUCACAUACACAAAUCCAACCCUAGAUGAUUCGAAGUCUCAUUCGACAAAUGUAAAAACACAAUUAGAGAUUGGAAUGGGAUCAGAAGUAUGUGGUCCUUGUGAUGAGAAAAUGACACUUCUUAUUUCCGAGAAAGUGUCAAGUGAUGAUAAGUCAGAGGAGUUUAUAUUACAAUCAAAAUCAAUGAAACAAAAAUUGGAAAGGAAGAAACAAGGAAUUGAAAUAGAGGUCAUAAACACUAAAGAUGUCAAAGAAUCUAAAAAAACAGUGAUAAAAGAAGGAGAGAUCAAAUCUUUUGGAGUAUUUCAAAGAUAUGAAUUUUGUAUUUAUUCUCAAGAGAAGUAUAAUGGUAAUGUUGAUUUGAAGAUGCGAAUUAUUCCAGGAAAAGAAAUUGGUGCUGGUGCAUUUUCUCAUGUACAUCUUGGAAGAGAUACAAUUGAUAAUCGAGAAGUUGUGAUUAAGAUAUCGAAAAAUGGAAGUACAUCAGCACGCAAACAAUUUGAGCAUGAAAUUAAAAUGCUAAAAAAAGUACAUCAUUUAUAUAUCAUAUCAUAUUUAGGUGAUUAUUUUGUCAAUUCACAAAGGUAUCUCAUUAUUGAACAUGCAGAGCAGACACUUGAUCGUUAUUUACAAACCGCUCCAAGAAAUUCUAAUGGAUUAGUUUUAUAUUCUAUUUGUAAUAAACUGUUUAAACAAUUAUGUUGUGCAGUUAUUUAUAUUGAAGAAAAAUACGAAUUUGUACACAGAGAUAUUAAAUGCGAAAACAUUUUAAUUCACAAUGGAAAUUGUAAAUUAUCUGAUUUUGGAUUAUGUGUCACCAAACAACACGCUGAAAAAAUUAAAGAGCCUUCAAUUGGAACAAAAGAAUUUCUUGCACCUGAAACAAUGAAGACUUCUCCAAAAUAUUCGUACAAAAGUGAUGCGUGGAGUGUUGGUUGUGUUCUGUAUUGUAUGAUUGUUGGCAAAAAAGAAGGACCAUUUAAUCAACAGUUGCUCGAAGAAUUAAAACAAAAAGAUGCGAUAAAAGAAUAUCUUGAUCUGAUUGAUUAUGGAAACUUGUUAUUAAAUGAAAAUGAAAAAGAUCGAUUGGAUUUGUUGUCGUUAUUCUGUAAUCGGAAUUUAUUGGAACCUGAAUAUAGCGAUGCGUCAAACUAUCUCGGAGAAUUAUCACCACCUAGUAAAUCGAAUAGUUUAUCGCCUUCAUUCCAAGAACCUCAAAUUUCACAACCAACAAAAAGACUAAUGGAACAAGACGAUCCUGAUGUGGUGGAAAAAAGAUCGUUUGAGACAAUGCGAUAA